AACUCCGACCAACUGAAAAAGAAUAGGUCGUUUUAUAUAGCACUUCCCUCAACGUUUCCGUUACCUUGCGCUUUCCAUCCCUUUCCCGUUAAGUUUAGCUCCGGAAGCAACUGCGUUCAGCGUCUCGUUGUGUCUGCAUACCGUUUUCCGUUUAGAUUAGCUACUGAAGCGACUGGCCUAAAUGUAUUCCGCAGCGCAGUACAUCGCUGAAAUCACCCCAGCCCCAAUUCGCAUGGCAGAGGGACACUCUGGCACCAGCACCACAGUCCCGGCUUGGCCGCGAACAGACCUGAAGGUUUUGGAACCUUGGACCUCCUUCGACGGGGCACUUACGGAGUGCGGAGAGGUUCUGUCACGGACGGACGUUGGACAGCUUCGCCCUCGUGCUAUUGACGAGGAGGAUAUUAGUGAAGUUGCUGUGGAAACUGACCUUCACUGCCACGCAGACAAUUACGCGCUGAAGGAAGUUAAACGUUUGGCUCGCUUCGCCGGCGUGCAAGACGGCUUAUUCAUCAACCCGGCUGGAAAAGUAGAUAUUGUAUGUGAUCCAGACCGGGCGUGGAAGUCGGCAGCUGCCUCUAGGCCUACGCUUUGUGUAGAGUACAAGACUCCGUGGGCGUUCCGUUUUGACGACCUUCUGGCGGCUUAUCAGUCCGAGGGGGGAGACACGACCAAGAAAGUCUCAAAAGCAAUCAGUCAGCUAUACGGUUAUAUGACGUUUAAUCAUCACAGAUUUGGGGUGCUGUCAACCUACACUAAGACCUGGAUGUUCGAACGCGUCUCCGAUGAUCAAAGCGGGCUUCAAGGCGGAGUGAUGCGAGUUGCGGGUCCAUUCGCUUUCGAUUCUCUCUACCAGAAUGUAGUCCUGGCUUACCUGACACUCUUCCGGAUGGUUGAUGAUCGAUGGUUUUAUGCCACCCCAGCCGCUUCGCCCGCACCAUCAAGUCGCAACACGCCGCGAUCAAGCCCAUCACUACUUCGCCGAGCCGCGGGUCACCCCCUAGAUCGAUACGAAGUGAAGGACGUCGGUGCAAAAGACAUCGUUUUUACCAAAACAAUCGAUCGGUCCAAUGCCACUGUUGCCGGGGGCACUUUGGGCAUGCAGUCCGGUGUCUUUAAGUGUGUUGAUGCCACCAAACGCCCAAUAUUCGCUCAGCAACUGGCCAACGAAGUUUCCAUUUAUCGUGUUCUGGAACGCUUGCAAGGCGACGCUAUCCCAAUGUUCUACGGAGUUUGCCGCGUGUGGAAUAUUCUCCAUGUCGUGUGCAUGGAAUUUGGAGGAGCUGCGAUUACCCCCGACGUCGUGGCUCAUGUGGGAGCCAAAAAGCUAAAAGAGCUUUGUCGCAAUGUUCUGCAAAAGGUGCAUGAAUGUGGCGUCUUACAUGGGGACGCCAGAUUCGCAAACUUUCUUUACGACGUCGCGGCGGACCAGGUGAAAAUCAUCGAUUUCGGCCUGUCGCGUAAGGAGUGCUCAGACGAUGAACUCGCCCAGGAACUCUCUGAAUUUGAGCAGCUGGAUUUUGCGACAAUACGGUAAGCUCUGCCCAGUCUGGGUCUAUUGGUCUCAGUUGUGUGCUACGCACCUAUCAGGCACCCUCAGACGUAGGAAGAUAGAAUAGUUGCCGCAAUUCCGUUGUAUUUUUCUUAGUGUUAGGUCAAUUACUCGACAACGUGUUCUUCAAACCUACCCGUUUCUUAUGAUCGUGAUCAAAAUGGCAGCAAUAUCUUCGCAGGUGCUCUCAGGCCCGACGUGUUCACCUCUUCAGCGACGGGAGGGCACUCGUCCGCGCUUACCCCUUUUCAUCCGCAAAUUAACCCCAAUACCUUCCGUCUAAUCCCAAUAAUGCUGGUGCGCGUUGUGCAGGGAACGCGUGCCGCGGGCAAAACGCCAGCACU